AUGCUACAGCUGAGCCUGUCCUGGCUGGGCCUGGGGCCUGCAACAGCUUCCCUGUGGCUGUUCCUGCCCCUGGCUGGGGCCUCCUGCCUCCUGGCUUACAUCCUGAGCCAGGCUCACGCUGUCUAUGAAAUCUCCCAUCGCCUUCGCUGUUUCCCUCAGCCCCCCAAACGAAACUGGCUCUUGGGUCACCUGGGCCUGAUCCAGAGCUCGGAGGAAGGGCUCCUGUACGUCCAGAGCCUGGUGCGGACCUUCAGGGACGUGUGCUGCUGGUGGGUGGGGCCAUGGCAACCCGUCAUCCGCAUAUUCCACCCUGCCUUCAUCAAGCCUGUGCUCUUGGCUCCAGCUUCAGUUGCUCCCAAGGACACAGUCUUCUACAGUUUUCUGAAGCCCUGGCUGGGAGAUAGCCUCUUGAUGAGUGCCGGUGACAAGUGGAGCCGCCACCGGCGCAUGCUGACACCCGCCUUCCACUUCAACAUCCUGAAGCCAUAUGUGAAGAUUUUCAGCGCCAGCACCAACAUCAUGCAUGCCAAGUGGCAGCGCCUAGCCUCCAAGGGAAGUGCCCGCCUGGACAUGUUUGAACACAUCAGCCUCAUGACGCUGGACAGUCUGCAGAAGUGUGUCUUCAGCUUUGACAGCAACUGUCAGGAGAAGCCUAGUGAGUACAUUGCUGCCAUCUUGGAACUUAGUUCUUUGGUGGCCAGAAGGCACCAGAAGCUGCAUCUGCAUGUGGGUCUGUUCUAUCACCUCACCCGGGACGGGAUGCGCUUCCGGAAGGCCUGCCGCCUAGUGCAUGACUUCACUGAUGCCAUCAUCCAGGAGCGGCGCAGCACCCUCCCUGAUCAGGUUGAUGAUGAUGUCCUCAAGGCCAAAGCCAAGGCCAAGACUUUGGACUUCAUUGAUGUGCUGCUGCUGAGCAAGGACGAACAUGGAAAGGCACUGUCUGAUGAGGACAUCAGAGCAGAGGCUGACACCUUCAUGUUUGGAGGCCAUGACACCACGGCCAGUGGGCUCUCCUGGAUCCUGUACAACCUGGCAAGGCACCCGGAAUACCAGGAUCGCUGCCGGCAGGAGGUGCAGGAUCUCCUGAGGGACCGUGAGCCUGAGGAGAUUGAAUGGGACGACCUGGCGCAGCUGCCCUUCCUCACCAUGUGCAUCAAGGAGAGUCUGCGGCUGCAUCCCCCUGUCAUGGCUAUCUCCCGUUGCUGCACUCAGGACAUUGUGCUCCCAGACGGCCGGGUCAUCCCCAAAGGUGUCAUCUGCAGAAUAAGUAUUUUCGGGACACAUCACAAUCCCGCUGUGUGGCCUGACCCGGAGGUCUAUAACCCCUUCCGAUUUGACGCAGACAACGCCAAGGGCAGGCCAUCCCUGGCUUUUAUUCCCUUCUCGGCAGGGCCCAGGAACUGCAUCGGGCAGACUUUCGCCAUGAGCGAGAUGAAGGUGGCGCUGGCGCUGACGCUGCUGCGCUUCCGCGUCCUGCCGGACAGCAAGGAGCCGCGCAGGCAGCCGGAGCUGAUCCUGAGAGCAGAGGGCGGGCUGUGGCUGCGGGUGGAGCCGCUGAGCACGAAGUGACCCCACACCUGGCCUGGGACCCCACCCCCCACGCCCCUGCACAUUCCCAACAAUAAAAAUCUUGGUCACCCGUG